AUGGAGGAGAGUUCAAAGACGGGCCAGCAGAUAAGCGUGACCAGCAUGACUGGUGCCCUUCUGAAGUGCAUUUGGAUGAUGUUGCAAAAAGAGAUUGGGCAAGUCAAGCAAUUCGAGAUAGAUCAGUACGCGGUGUCUUUCGAGGGUCAACAACUGAACAAGGCGGGUCCAUGUGAUGUGAGUGGCUUGAAGUUGGUGAUGUGGCGACAGGAUGGGGAGCCUGUCAAGGCCAUCGAAGGCGUCCAAACAAAUUUGAAGCUCACAGAUCCCAACAUGAACAUCCAGUAUGGAUUGAUUGGUGGUGGUCCACAUGGUGGCAAGGAGGAAGGUACGAUGCUCAAGAAGGAUGGCACCAGAUUCCAGACCAACGGGGGCCUCCGCAUCAAUUCCGGUCUGGUGCUGUCUACACCGGCCAGUGGUGCGGCAACCAGCGACAUGGCUUCGGGCGGCAAGAGUGGCCAGAUGGCGCUCAAUACGAAGGCUGCUGGUCCAACAGCAGCGCAUGCGGGCUUGGACGAUUUAAAUUUCCUGAUGGUUCCGUGUACUUGGGGCAAUGGCGCGGCAAUCGGUUCCAUGGUCUUGGAGCCCACUACCUUGCCGAUGGUUCCUCAUACCAUGGGCAAUGGGUCCAUGGAUCUCGGGAUGGUGUUGGCGUGGAAACAUGUUCGGGGCUCAGCUUUCGCCCUUGGUGUUGCUGGUGAGGGAGAAUACAUUGCGGCCAGCUGCUUGAUCUGCAUGUCCAUGUCCUCGAGGGAGAUCGACACGUUGGAGACAGUCCUUGGGGUGCUGUUGAAGGAUGAGGCCUUCUUUUUGAGUGAUGAACUGAGAGGCGCGCGGGUACUGAUGGCACAGCUUGUGGACAAGCUGAGAGAUGGCAUGAAGAAGGCAGCGAUACAGAGACCUGCAGAGAUGCGCCUGUCACUUCCUUCAUCAGCUGGAACUAUUUGCCAAAUCAAGCCAGCGCAGUUUAGUCGCUUGGUCUACGCAAAUCCGGUGUGUUUGCUGAGCUCUUGUCAGGGCCAGGAGCAAAACCUCAUGACCAUCAGCUGGCUGACAGCAGUGGACAAUAAUGGGCACCUUGUGCUGUCUGUGAAUAAGCGCCGCCAGUCGGCUGUCAGCAUACUGUCAGCGGGAACUUUUGUUCUCAACGUACCGACAGCCCAACUUGCUAAGACGGUGCUAGAGAUAGGAGGCUGUAGCGGGCGAGAUGUGGACAAGAUCGAGCGAUUCAGAGCUGACUUGGGCGGUUACUGCUUGCCCGGGUGGAGGCCUCUUGAAACAUGGCCCCCGUCGCAGGAGAACCGUGACGCAGGCGACCAUGUAUUUGCUAUCAGCGGAUGUGUGGCUCACUUGGUCAUCCAAGUUCUGGCGAACCUUUCCGAUCUUUCCGAGAUACCACAGCUGAGCUCACAUCAUCUUUUCGUGUGCAAAGUAUGCCGAGCCUUCGUUCACAGCACAUACUGGGAUGGGAAGAUUUUUGCGCCUCGACCGAACAUGGAAGUAGCGCACAAUGUGGGCAAAGGACAAGACUUCUCAGCUUUGAAGCAAAAGAAUGCAAAGACGGAAGACAAGGUCAGGCUACCCAAGUACGUCGAGAUCUCACAAGAAGCGCUUCUGGCAGCUGCAGUCAUGCAGAAUAAGAGGGACGAUUUGCGAAAGCUGCUGGAAGCAGGCGCCCCGCUGGAAGCCAUUUCAAGCAAGGGCCGAACUGCCCUGGCUUGUGCAGCCGUAAUAGAUGAUGUUGAGAGCGCUCGUUUGCUCUUGGAGAAAGGUGCGCACCUGGAGGCGUUGGACGACUCCGGACGGACACCACUGGCCUUAGCCGCUGCUUACGGGAAUCUUGACGUUGUUCGCUACUUCGUCGAGGCUGGAGCAAAUGUGGAGGCAAGAGACAACGGAAAGAUGACUGCGCUUCUUUGGGCAUCGGUGAACGGAAACGAAGAUAUCGUUCGAUUCCUUCUGGAUAAUGGCGCCGACAUACAGGCCGAGGACGAAGAUGGUCCUACUUGCCAAGUUGUUGGCGUAGUUCCCGUUUGCUCUGGUGGCGCUGACUUCUUACCAUACGUUUGCACUGAUCAUGCAGUGCGCGGCUGCCUAGCACAGCCAGUUCCAUUCAACAUUGUCAUUGGCAAGGCCGCAGUGUAUUGGGGAGAUUUCUGCAGAGGGCAGAAGGCGCAGCAUGGAUGGCUCGGGCGUGUGCGAAUGGGAAGAGGGCAGCCGCUUUGCUGGACAGCUCAGCUCUCAGCUGAUGUUUUUUCGUCGUCGUCGGCGGGGGGGGCGGUCGUGGGGGUAGUGGUGGUGCUGGUCUUGGCGGCCUCGCUGGCACCGGUGGAGCUGGCGCUGGUGGAGCUGGUGGCGGUGGCGGUGGAGGAGGGGUGGUUGGAUGGGUGCGGUGGCUGUGGCUGUGGUGUCGUGGUCGUUGUUGGGUACUGGUGGCGAGCGGGCUUGAUUUGUGGCCAUGGGGUCUUGUCAUCCGACGGCGGCUGCCGCAUAUACAGGGGACAGUGGCUCCAUUCGAAAAAGCAUGGACGUGGUGUAUACACGUGGCCUGAUGGCAAGCAGUACCAUGGCUGCUGGUACGAUGCCCAAAUAUCCGGUGCCUCGGGGUUCAUCGGCUCCAAAGGAGGCCUUUGA